AUUAUACUUGCAGUAGUGAUCUUUGACCUUGUGAGCACAUUUCUAAGACAAUGUAGCCCAGGUUGGCUUGAAACUUGGAACUCUCUUACUUCAGCUCCUCAACUUGUAGCAUUACACACUUGCAGCCUAGUAUAUGGGACUGUACAGAAAAAAAUUAAAUGAAAAAACUCUAGAGUGAAAGUAAAGAAACAUUUGAGUAAGCAAGCAACUUAAUUUCAACGUUGAAUACACAAGAUACCAAACUUCAUGAAAAUGCAUGUGUCGUUGUAAAACAUUUAAAACUCAAGGCUGAGAGAUUCCACGAAAGAUUUAAAGAAUGAAAAUACGUUUUAUAAAUAAGUAAAAUUGAAGGAGGAGGAGUAAGGAUAUUUAAUGAAGGAAAGAUAGAUUUUUAGAAGGAAGUGAUUUGACAAAGAUCGUAGGGAGAAAGGAGCAGGUUUAAGUGGAAGCCAAUUCAACUCCUCCACCACUGACUGCAAAAGGUACCUGAUGGUCAGCGUCUGCCUUACCUUGCCCCGCCCCGCCCGCUCUGCCCCGCCCCACAGGUCCUAUAGGCCCCGCCUUCAACCUCUUCCGCCAAUCCUGCUCUCAAACAGUCCCGCCUCUCAUGUUAUACAACCCCGCCCUUAUCCGAUUUAUUUUCCUUUAAUCCCGCCCCCUAGUCAGGCUCCGCCCACACUGCCUCAGACGCUGCCGGGACAUGGGCCUCAGGGUACCGCCCCGCCCUGCCGGAGGCGGCUGUAGCGUCAGGUGACAGCCCGGAAGCUGCGGAAGCGGAUGAAGCAGAGCGGUGGAGGCCCUGUGGGGCUUCGCGGAGGUGAGGGAGCUGGUCGGCGGCCCCCGAGCCCGUGGCGCAGCGCGUAUGUGGCGCUCCGGUUGACAUCUGAAAGCCGUCGCUCUGCUUUGUGCGGCCCGGCCUCGGCGUUUGGAGUCGCGGUGCGGGUCUACGGCGAGCGCCCAUGGAGAAGGCUGGGCGUGAAAGUGACGGCGCCCCCUGCGGGCCUGUCCUGCAUAUCGUGGUGGUCGGCUUUCACCACAAGAAGGGCUGCCAGGUUGAGUUCUCUUACCCACCACUAAUUCCAGGAGAUGGCCAUGACAGCCACGCUGUACCUGAAGAGUGGAAGUACCUGCCUUCCCUUGCCUUACCAGAUGGUGCACAUAACUAUCAGGAAGAUACUGUGUUUUUUCACUUGCCACCCAGAAAUGGAAAUGGAGCCACAGUAUAUGGUAUCUCUUGUUAUCGACAAAUUGAAGCCAAGGCAUUAAAAGUAAGGCAAGCCGACAUCACCAGAGAAACUGUUCAGAAAAGUGUCUGUGUUUUAAGCAAGCUGCCUCUUUAUGGCUUACUUCAAGCAAAACUUCAACUUAUUACACAUGCAUAUUUUGAAGAGAAAGAUUUUUCCCAAAUUUCCAUUCUAAAGGAGCUCUAUGAGCAUAUGAACAGUUCCUUGGGAGGGGCCUCAUUAGAAGGAUCACAGGUGUAUCUUGGUCUGUCUCCUCGAGAUCUUGUCCUUCAUUUUCGACACAAGGUCUUGAUCCUGUUUAAGCUAAUUCUUCUUGAAAAGAAGGUUCUGUUUUACAUUUCUCCAGUGAAUAGGUUGGUGGGUGCACUAAUGACUGUGCUAUCCCUUUUUCCAGGCAUGAUUGAGCAUGGUCUCAGUGACUGUUCUCAGUAUAGACCCCGAAAGAGUAUGUCUGAAGAUGCUGGACUUCAGGAAGGUAAUCCCUCUGCAGAUGAUUUUAUUUCUGAGUCUACUUCUGACAACUUAAAUACCAGCUUGGGAAUUGUCACAAGAAUCGUGGCAGUAAACCAUGGAGAAGAUGCUGUUCCUCCGACGGAGAAGCCUUACUUCCAGGUAGAAGGUAACAACAACAAAGGACAAGAACACAGUGAUACUGGCCGAUAUUUGGAACUUCCACCUCGACCAUCUCCAGAGUCUUCAGAAAGUGACUGGGAAACUUUGGAUCCUAGUGUCUUAGAGGAUGCCAGCUUAAAAGAAAGGGAGCAGAUGGGCUCAGACCAGACACACUUAUUCCAAAAGGACUCUGUGCCCUCAGACAGUCCUCCAAUCACAGUACAACCUCAAGCUAAUACCAGACAGGUGGUCCUGAUACCAGGGCUCAUUUCUGGUUUGGAAGAAGACCAAUAUGGCAUGCCUCUGGCCAUCUUUACAAAGGGAUAUCUGUGUUUGCCUUACAUGGCACUGCAGCAGCAUCAUCUUCUCUCCGAUGUCACUGUUCGGGGAUUUGUGGCCGGAGCUACUAACAUCCUUUUUCGACAACAGAAGCACCUCAGUGAUGCCAUUGUGGAAGUAGAAGAAGCACUGAUCCAGAUCCAUGAUCCAGAACUUAGGAAGCUGCUUAACCCAACAACUGCAGACCUAAGGUUUGCAGAUUACCUAGUGAGGCAUGUGACUGAGAACCGGGAUGAUGUCUUCCUGGAUGGCACAGGCUGGGAGGGAGGUGAUGAAUGGAUCCGGGCCCAGUUUGCGGUCUACAUCCACGCUCUGCUGGCUGCUACACUGCAGUUAGAUAAUGAAAAGAUGUUAUCAGACUAUGGGACAACUUUUGUUGCUGCCUGGAAGAAUACUCACAACUACAGGGUAUGGAACAGCAAUAAGCAUCCAGCACUUGCAGAGAUAAAUCCAAACCAUCCUUUUCAAGGCCAGUACUCCGUGUCAGACAUGAAACUCAGAUUCUCACAUUCUGUUCAGAACAGUGAACGUGGCAAAAAAAUUGGCAAUGUCAUGGUCACAACCAGCCGGAAUGUGGUACAAACAGGAAAAGCCGUUGAAAUCACUUUACAGCUCUUCUUUGCCGUGUUCAAAUUGCCAGCUCCACUGCUCUUGCCUUUAGGGUUACUGGAACAUAGACACUGCGAUACCAGGACACAGUUCAUCGAGAGAAGUCAAGGCUGCUUAUUGGUUUGCUCAGUGCCUUGCUCAGCCUGCAUACCAGCAAGACCACUUGCCCAGGAGUGGUACCAACCACGGCCAGUCAGUUGGAGGAGCUUUUUCCAGUGCAAAGACAGCUAUGUCUUCAUGGCUAUCUACUUUCACCACAUCCACCCCUCAGAGUCUUCCUGAGCCACCCAACGGGAAGCCCUGAGUCCAGCAGCAGAAGCUGCUGUGUUUUCAAAGGUGUAAUGCUCCCUCCCCAUCUGCUGCUCCCAGGGUUUCUUCCUCUAUCCGAAGGUCCAUACCCAGGGACCAAGACGACAAACUGUUUACAUGGACGGUUGCACUCUGUCUAAAUGAAAGUUGCAGGAUGCUGAAUGGAUGAAACCAACAUAGCAGAAAUAGCUUUCCAGGUUGGGGUUAAAUUGACUACUUUCACUUCAUUCUGAGCCUAAUUAAUGUGCACAAUGAACCUUCUAGUGAAUUUUAAGUUCUGAGAUUGUACAUUUGUUUACUUAGAAGAAUUUUUACAUAUGUAUAUUUUGUUCUAUUUUGCUGUUUAAAUAUUUAGAUGGUCAUUGUAAUUUAUAUUGACUAAAAUUAAGUUAUAUUACUAUUUGACUAUCUCUGAAGUUAGCCCUAAAAUGUAUUUGUAAAGCGUAGGGACUAUGCAUUCCAGCCUGAGUUCUAGGGUGGGCUCUUAUGGGGGCUUAGAGGAAACACUCUACCCACUAAACAUAUCUGCCAACUCACUUCCCAGAGCUGUGAGAGUCAAGAGGGGAAAGCUGAACGUAAGAUACCAUUUGCUAUGAAUGUCUCCUGUCACAGUUGGUGUGAAGCAGCAGAGAUGCCCCUGUGCUGCUCUCCUGCUGGCAGCACUCGUGCAAGGAAGCAGCAGUGCUGACUCAGCAGCACUGAAGGGUUGGCACAUGUCUGGAAGGCAGUACUUUGACGACCCACACGCUAGCUUGAUCAACUCCAGUUAUGUUGCUGUCCGAUCAGCACUUCGUUAUUGAAAAUAUGUGCCUUGUUUCUUCAUGUGUAUGGUUGUCCAUUGGAUCUGGAUAGAUCCACGGGCCUUCUCUUAGUCUUGUUCUGCAUUGAGCUUUUAAGGCACUUGACCUUCCUAUUUCCCUGACUGAAAAUCCUCCUUUAUUCAGGUCUGACACCUUCUAAAGAAAACCAAAGUGACCAAUAAAGGUUAAAUAUAAACCAUGACUUAGCUCACAUUUAGAAAAACAAGAAGUGGGCCAAGGAGAUUUAGUGAGGAGAAGUGCUUACUGUGCAAGCAUGACAACCUGAGUCCAGAUCUCUGGAACCCACAUAAAAAGCCGCAUCUGUAAUCCUAGUGUUCCUACAAUGAAGUGGGAAGCAGAGUCAGGAGAAUCUUCUAGAAUAUCGAAAGCCAGCCAGCCUAGAGUGAACAAUGAAUUGGCAGAAACGAGAGACCCUGCCUCUCGUGGAAAGGAAGAACUAACUCUUGAAAAUUGUCCUCUGACCUCCACAUAAGCAGUGUCUCAUGCCUAGGCUUAUAUUCACACACACAAGGACACACACCUCAAGUGAAAGAACAGUAAGAAGCAAGAGAAUGAGUUCACACCCAUGCCACGAGUCACUUGCUUGGCAAAUCAGUUUCAUAUUACCACAGGCAUGAAUUUGCCAGCCUCUCAUUUAAUUCAUGUGUUUGUCAUGUGUAACUGUCAUUUGCCUUUCAGAGGGUCCUUAGUUGGUGUUCUCAGGGAGUACUUAUGGGAAACAAUCUGCCUUUUCAGUAGCACAGGGCAUGUGGAAUAACCAUUAUAUCUACAUAUGAUUGGUAAAGUAAGGGGCCUAAUUAAGGACAUUAAUUGUAUUUCAUUUAUCCCCUAUGAGAUUACCUAAGGACUAUAAAAAGAAGAUAGGGCAUAACUCAAUAUUUUUAAAACUUUGCAAGUUAGAUUUUCACACAAAACCACAAAAUACAAACUACUUCCAAUUGGGCAUAAUAACUUGAGAGAGUCCAGUAACAACAAAUUAAUUGGUUAAUGGGAGAACACCAUUAAUUUUCUCUGGUCACUAAAUAUUUGAAAAGAGAAGAAAGUAAAGCCACACAGAACUGCGAGAGGCACAUCAAUCAAGGUUGUGCCGAGACUAUUGAGAAUUCGUUCUUAGAUAUCAUUUCAUGUGGCUGCAGCAUACUGAUAGGCCCAUGGUAGUUGACAUUGCUAGGAGCCGUGCCUGGGUUAGCUAGUAAGAUAAUGGUUGUUCUUUAGUUUGCAUCAGGUUUGUAUGACUUGGGGAAAUGCCUGCUGUCACCUAAACAAAAGCAGUGCAACAUUCACCUUGAAAUAUACUUGGGGGAAAAUUGUAACUGCUUUUGUUUCACAUUCCCCAUUUGAGUUGUAUAUGGGUCUCCCUGUGUAUGGUCUCACAGUCUUACCACAUAGGUCUCUAAAUUGCCAAACUCCUCCCUCUGUCUCAACUGGGAUUAUAGGAGCACACCACUAUGUGUAUAUUUUAAUUGAACUUUCUCUUAAUGUAGUUAAAAACUUAACUCUUAAAAUGGUCACUUAACUGGUCAGCAUAAAAUAACUUACCUUGGAAUAUAAAACAUCUUAGAAUGGUCAAAAGACCAUACACUUAUUUCCUUCAGGUUCUUGGAACUGUUGACUUUUCAAGACCCAACAUUUUGUUGCUGGCAGGGGCAUCACCUAAUGCAGCAGCCAGUGUCCUGGAGAAUAGGAGAUACAGCCAGUGAGCCAACACACGUGAAGACUGUAUUUUAGGCUCCAGUGAGCUAGACUAGCUGAUGAGUAGUCUCCCUCCAGUCCUGGCAUGGUGGCUCUUUAGCCAACACUAGGCCUUUGCCUAUUGCCAGGAGCUAUGGCUAUUGGAAACCACGCUUUCUCCAGUGAUUGCCAAUGCUUUUGUGUCUAAGAACUGAGUGUUUAUAACUAGGCCUGCGGGAGUGAAAGUCAACCACCAUUUUUCAGGUUUUCAGAAAGCAGACAUUGGCAGUAGCUGCACUGCUGUUCAGAUGGUUUUGAGGAAGCCCACUGUGAUCCUAGUGUAAUGACAGUGACGCAGAUAAGGAGGGGAAAGAGCUAAAGCUGUCAGUCUGUGGAGUAGAGUGGAAAUUCUGAAGCUGCAUGUAACAGUGUAGAGCAAUUGUAUAUGUAUAUCUGAUUUAUAACCAAUAUGAAUUGUCUGCCCUCAAAUCCUUCACUAGUUCACAAGCCUGAAAACAGUUCUCUCCUUUUGCAUUAAGAAACAGUUGGCUUUCUUGGGCAGCAAAGUAGAGCCCAUGACAGGACUUCCUCAGCCUUUCUGCUUUUCAAAUUUUGUACUAAGCAGUUAACUUUUUUUUUUUUAAAUAGCUUUCUUUAGCUAUUUCUUUAGAAAUUCAAGGAAAAAGCAAAUUAGGAAAACAAAAAUGAAAAGCUGUCACAUGGUUUAGAAACAGGGCACUUAAAGUCUGAAUGGAGAGUAUUUUGACAUCAGUAUUUAGCUUAUGAAAGGCAUGAGUCUAGGCAGAAGUUAGAAUUGUAAUCUGCUAUUUACAUUUUUAAGUGAAGCUAUAACAUUCUUUUCCUGGUAGGCAGGUAUUAUUGAAGCUUUAUAUUCUAUGGAGAAAAUUUUGUGGGAGUUAACAGCCGGUGGCCCCUCUUCCUUUCAUGUUGAUAAGCUUAGAAGCCCUGCAGGCCAGCGUCCUGAUUUAUACCCACAGGCAGUGUCUGCUACAACCUCCACGGAGGGCAGCCUGUUAGAACAGAAGUGUUGGCUCCUGCCUCUGGUACCCGCCUGUUAAUGUAUUGGGGUAUUGCUUUAGGAUCCCUGAAACGUUUGCACACUGAUUCUUUAAUGAGAAAUGGCCCAGCAUUCAUGGCUUUCCACGCCAUCUCCUGGUAGCUUUUAACUCUGACAGAAUGCUCCCUGAAUCACUUGACGAUAACCAUCAUUCCUCAUAACAUAAUGUGCCGCUAGAAUUUUCUCAUUCCAAGUCUUCUGACUUCAUUAAUUUGAAAUUGUUUUUCCAUAAUUUCCAACAUUCCAUAAAAUUUUUUAGGGACAAAAGGAAUGUGUUUUUAUUUUUUCAUAUAAAAAACUUCAUAAAAAUGACUUCCUACCUACAUUAUGAAGAAGAAACUGGCUUCCUCAUGUGGUAUAACACUCCAAAAUUAAAAGAUUGUGCAUGUCAAAGGCGUUGGAUAUAUUUUGUAAAACUCUAAAUACAUUUGUAUUUCUGUGCUAUUUACCUUUUUACUUACACUAAUUAAAGAUAUAGAAAACUAUAUAUUUAAAUCAUGUAUAUUGAACACAAUUUAAGGGGAUUUCCAAUCUUAUUUUUCAUCAGCUUCUCAUGCACAUAGUAUGCUGCUAAAGUUUAUGUUGUGUGCAAUAUAAACAUUUGAACAUUUCAAGUCAGGUACUGAGCCAGAAAAGGUCAUUGAAGUUUUCAGAAACUGCUUAGAGCAUAUUUUAUUUUGUUAAGAUACUGUUAUUUUAUAACUGGAAAAGCAAGAUUGUGCAUUACAUGUUUCAGUCCACUUGAUCAUCCGUUUCUAAAUUUAGAAAGCAUUUGAUUAAUGACUUGGUGAAGACACUUAAUGGUUGGAAAAUAGCUUUUAAGGAAGUUAAGCUAUAGCUUUCUCUAGUAGCUUUGUAGUUUGUGCUGGUUCAUCUCUGUUGUCAUUUGUUUUCUAAAACAUAUUCAAAUUAUAAAUCAUGUCUAAUCAUGCUGAACUGUAGAGCUUCUACUGUAUCUUUAUUUUAAGGAAAACCUGAUAAUAAAAUUAUCCUGUUUCUCUUGCA